UCAUCAUUGUACUCCUGUAGAUUGUAAUAUUUUGUUUGGUGACUGAAUCGAUUGUACGGUCCUUUUGGGAACGUUACCCGAUUCUGGGAAUUCUUGUUUUGAAAGAAAUUGGGUUGGAAGGAGAGAAGGCCUAGAAUUGCAUCAUCGACUCCGUCAUUUCCCAGGAACCAAACUCUGUCAUUUCCCAGGAACCAAACACUGUCAUUUGCCAGGAGCCAAACUCCGUUGUUUUCCGGAACCAAAUUCUGUCAUUUGCCAGGAACCAAACUCCGUUAUUUGCCAGGAACCAAAGUCUGUCAUUUGCCAGGAACUUGACAUCAUGUCAGAAAAGGUGUACAUUGUGGUUAGACUGUGUGUAUUGAUGAUGCCGUUUUUAGCGAUCGUCAUGUCCCAUCUGACUGCGUCGGAGCUGAUAACGUUGAUGGCACUGCAGGCACCGCUUGGACAGUCAGGAUCGAUCGGUCAAGGAUCCGGAGGUAAUGUAUUCGGACAGAAGUCCAACUGUAUAUAUCACGGCUGUAUCAACGGCAAAUGCAUACCCGUCCUUGGCUUGCCCGGCUACCACGUGUGUCAGUGUCCCCCGGGUCACUCCCUCCACCCCAACAACAAGUUGAUGUGUAGUCCGACAGAUGCCUCCAUGUUUGAAACCCCUGGAAGUCGCCUGACCCUGUUCACGAUGCUGUCACUGAUUCGACGGAUACAGUCCAUGCAGUCCAUGCAGUCAAAUCGACAACCCUCACUAACACAGAGUCAGCCCCAGAACGAGGCCAUGUUUGAUGCUUAGACCGCCACCAAGAUACUCAAGGAACAGUGCUCAGUGUGUGUUCAUUGGUUAGGAGGCUGCGUUCACUGUCACGUGACCCAAAGCCGGACAGUACACCAUUGAAAUAAACAUAAAUACAGUAGGCAAUACAGGCUAUGAUCGGAUUUGCGUACGUUUCCCGAUAUUUCCUAACUUUGGGCACUUAUUUCACAUGUCGCUGCACCUUCGAAACAUACGAUCAUCGUAUACUGCCGUAUGCACAAGCACCUGUUUCAUGUAUGCUAUGACGGGAUUUGCAGUCAUUUCCUCAGUAAAUGUUUGAUCAUAGAGUAUUUCCAUUACAUUCCUUUCAGUUGUAAUAGGUGAUGAAAUGUCUGAAUCUGUUCUAAGUUUGUUAGGGUUGGAAAUUUGAAUAUUUCCUUAGGCGGAAAACAUUUGUAUAUUUUCAAACGAUUUUAUGCCUCAGAAACUUAGGAAUCAUUCCGGAUAUCAAGAGUAUGUAUUUGAACAGGUUGUAUGUCCACAUUACAUUACUAAAACAAGAUUAAACAGAAUUACUGAGUUCA